UAUCGAUUCGUGGCGAAUUAAAAACACUGCCAAAUCUUGAGCGAGGAAGGAGGAACAAAGAAAAAAAAGAGCAAAGAAUGAGAAAUCUAGAGUUUUUUUUCUUGCUCUCGCUGAUCGUCGUGUCGGAAGCAGUGAUUCAAUGCAACACCACGAUUCCUCUAACCGCGGAAGAACUCGCUGCCUCAGCUCCAUCGCCAUCGUUCUCCUCCUCUGCCGGCAGCGAUCAGUCGCCAGGAUCCGGAAGCACAGCUCCCGGACAAUCCGGAAGCACCGUUCCCGCGCAAUCCGGAAGCACAGCUCCUGGAGGCACAGUUCUCAGUCCUCCCGGUAUCCCACAUCCUCUUUUGGUUCCUCGCCCUGGCGAUCCAAAGCCCAGUCCCGGCGAUCCAAAGCCGAAUCCCAUUCCGCCCAAGCCAAGAUCGUCAUCGCCCACGACUCCAUCGAGCUCCGACGCAGCAGUGGCGCUGUCGCCCGGGCAGGAGGAUGUGAGCUUACUCGCCCCAGCGCGAGCUCCAGAGGGAUCUUCAUCGUUUCCCGCGAAAGCUAGCGCUCCAGCUCCUGGAUCAUCGACCCAGCCCAAGGAAGAACUUUCCACCACCGCCGCAAAAGGAGUUCCUCCUCCUCUUCCAUCAUCUUCCACUUUCGCUCCUCCUCUUUCUCCUCCUCCAGCUUUUUCUCUCCCAUCGCGUAAAUUCGCCCCUUCUCCGGCUGGAACUCCUGAUCCCGAGGAAGAAGUUCCUGUUACAAGCAGUGGUGAUCGCCACAAGCAUGGCCACGGCCAUCACUGCCGCCAGCCAAGCAAGAUCUUGAUUCGCGGCCAAGUUCUAUGCAAGAAGUGUGGCGAUGAUGGCAAAAGCAGGCCACUCUCCGGUAACUAAUUCCCCUUCCCUAAUCAUUUCACGUAUGCAUGGAGAAUUCCUUCGCUCCAAGAUGUUUCCAAGGAUCAAAGAUCUUUGGUGUUCUUCAGUGAUCUAACUCUCCGAGAUCAUGCGCAGGGGUCACGGUGGCUGUGGAUUGCUCGCACUCCAGCUUCGUCACCACCACGGACAAGCACGGCAAGUUUAAGAUCCAGUUCCGGCAUCCGCUUCGCGGUAGCAUGGAGAAUUGCGCGGCUUGGGUGGAACUCUUCACGCUGCCUUUCCAGUGCCAGAAUCGCCACUCUCGCCUGGCACGCGGCACUCUAGCCUUUGAUUCCACGGACCACAAUGACGUGCUCGUGUAUAGCGUGAACUCUCUCCUCAUGGAAUGCUAGAAGACCAAGUCCAA